AUGUCCUCCAAUUAUAGAAACCCUAGCCUCAGACUCUGUACUCAGUACUCACUACUCAUGGAAAUGUCCUCUCUUCAGCUCCAUCUAUCACUCGCCCCUUCACCCUUCAAACCCAAAUACCUCUCGCACUUCCUAUGCCCAACUCUCAGAUUCCGGUCAAUUCCCGUUGCUUCUUUGUCUAAAAACGCCAUUAGUAUUUCUCAGUCCCAUGAAAAUGGCUUCGUACAAAAUGGUGCACCAGAGGAAUUUUCGGAUUCUCUUCCGGAGGGUCUAUUGAGAGAGUUGAUGCCGACCCAUGUGGCAGUGAUUAUGGACGGGAACAGAAGAUGGGCGCGAAUGAGAGGUCUGCCAAUUGGGUCGGGUUAUGAAGCGGGAGCUCGGACCCUGAGAAGGCUCGUGGAGCUUUGUUGCAAGUGGGGGAUUAAAGUUCUUACCGUGUUCGCCUUCUCGUCUAAUAACUGGUUCCGACCCAAAGUGGAAACUGAUUUCUUGAUGGGAUUGUUUGAAAGAGGAUUAAGAGAUGAACUUGAAAAUUUUAUCAAAGCAGGCAUUCGGAUUUCUGUGAUUGGGGACUCUACUAAGCUCCCAAAGCCCGUGCAGAUAUUGAUAACUGAUGCAAUGGAGGUAACGAAGAACAACUCUCGACUUCAUCUUAUUGUGGCAGUUAAUUAUAGUGGUCAGAAUGAUAUUGUGCAAGCUUGCCAAAGUAUUGCUCUCAAAGUAAAAGACGGUGUAGUUAAACCAGAAGAUAUCAAUGAGUUCUUAAUUGAACGCGAACUUGAAACAAAUUGUACUGAUUUUCCAUGCCCUGAUCUGCUUAUAAGGACCAGUGGAGAGCUUAGAAUCAGUAAUUUUUUAUUGUGGCAAUUGGCCUUCACCGAACUGUAUUUUACACAUUCACACUGGCCUGAUUUUGGAGAUGACGAGUUCUUAGAGGCUCUGCGUUCCUUUCAGCAGAGGCAGAGACGUUAUGGUGGACGUGAUUCUUGA